CUAGACCAGCAGGAGGAGGGAGGGGUCAGAGCAGCUGAGGGCCAGGAGAGAUGUGAAAAACUCUAGGUGGAGACCAAGGGGAGGGCAGAGUGUGCCCUCAGUUCAUGUGCACGAGAGGGGAGCUGAUAUUUGCACAGUAGUCAGGGUCACAUGAGUGAUCAUGGUACAGCGAGAAGUUCUCCCUCCCAGGGCCAGGUCACAGGGUUUGUUUCUGUUCAAUCCGGAUUCUUCCAGUAAAAGCUUCAACUUUCCACAGUGAAGCUGAGAGCCUCCCAAAGUGCUGGCUACCUGCUGAGCGCCCCUGUAACUCUGACACAGUAGUAAUUUGAGCCUCUGCAAUUGCCAUCUGCUUCCUGUGAAAGUCCCUUCCGUGCCCACUGACCCUUGAGUGGGCCUUUGAGCUGCUGACGUUCAGCUGGAACUUGAAGGGACCCCCAAUGCUGAGACACUAUGGCCCUGACCUCAGAGUUGGGGAAACAGAUAAAACUGAAAGAGGUGGAGGGGACCCUCCUGCAGUCUGCAACUGUGGACAACUGGAGCCAAAUCCAGAGCUUCGAGGCCAAACCAGAUGAUCUCCUCAUCUGCACCUACCCUAAAGCAGGGACAACAUGGAUUCAGGAAAUUGUGGAUAUGAUUGAACAGAAUGGGGACGUGGAGAAGUGCCAGCGAGCCAUCAUCCAACACCGCCAUCCUUUCAUUGAGUGGGCUCGGCCACCCCAACCUUCUGGUGUGGAAAAAGCCAAAGCAACGCCCUCUCCACGGAUACUAAAGACUCACCUUUCCACUCAGCUGCUGCCGCCAUCUUUCUGGGAAAACAACUGCAAGUUCCUUUAUGUAGCUCGAAAUGCCAAAGACUGUAUGGUUUCCUACUACCAUUUCCAAAGGAUGAACCACAUGCUUCCUGACCCUGGUACCUGGGAAGAAUAUUUUGAAACCUUCAUCAAUGGAAAAGUGGUUUGGGGUUCCUGGUUUGACCAUGUGAAAGGAUGGUGGGAGAUGAAAGACAGACACCAGAUUCUCUUCCUCUUCUAUGAGGACAUAAAGAGGGACCCAAAGCAUGAAAUUCGGAAGGUGAUGCAGUUCAUGGGAAAGAACUUGGAUGAAACAGUGCUAGAUAAAAUUGUCCAGGAGACGUCGUUUGAGAAAAUGAAAGAAAAUCCCAUGACAAAUCGUUCUACAGUUUCCAAAUCUAUCAUGGACCAGUCAAUUUCCUCCUUCAUGAGAAAAGGAACUGUGGGGGAUUGGAAAAACCACUUCACUGUUGCCCAGAAUGAGAGGUUUGAUGAAAUCUAUAGAAAAAAGAUGGAAGGAACCUCCAUAAACUUCUGCAUGGAACUCUGAGCAAGAUAUAAACACAAUUAAAAGGUGGAUGGCAAGAGUGCAAACACUAUCUUCAAUCCUUCAGUCCCAGCCAGAAGAAUCUCUGAAAGCAUAUUGUGAAUGUAUAGGAUGUAGUACAAACGAUCUCUGUGAUGAUUAACAGUAUGUCACUACUUCAUUUUUAAAAAGGGAUCAUGUCUAAUGCCCAUUUUCCCAACUAUUCUUUCUGAAGUAAGAUAUAAGAUAGCUUAAUAAACUAAGUAAAACA